UAAAGUAUACUUUCAUUUUCAGUCUUGCAUUACCACGAGUUAGAAGGACCAUGGCUGAACAAAAAAAGGAUCUAUGGGAUGUGUUAAAGACUUCAGCCAAGAAAAUAGUUAAAGGUGUUUGUGAUGAUUUAAUUGAGCAAGAGGUUUUCAAUAAAAAUGAAAUAAAGAAUAUGGGCAAACAAUUAUCAUCAGUCAAGGACAAGAGUGAAGACUUGCUUAAGGUUGUCACUCAUAAAAGUAGCCAAAUUGGUGAAAUUAUUGCGAAAAGAGUAUUGACAUCUGCAAGACAACUGCAAUCUGGAACUCAAAGAGCAGAUGAAAAUUUGGAGCCAACAGAAAAUGAAGGGAUGUCCCAGGCAGUGACUUCCCUCUUAUCAGCACCUCCAGCUAUCCAGGCUGCUGAAUACCUUAACAAGGUCAAACUAAGUCCUACGGAAUUCUACUAUGAACUGAGUGAAGCAAAGAGGGAAGAGAUAUAUUCGGUUAUGGAAAAAGGAUCCCGAACACGCCUAGCCCUCAUCAUAUGUAACACUCAAUUUGACCACCUCAAUGAGCUAAAUAAGGCUCAGUUUGACAUUGAGAGAAUGAAGGAGCUACUUCAGGACCUGGGAUAUAGUGUAGAAGUCAAAAAAGAACUUUCAUCAGUGGACAUGGAGUCAGUGUUGAAGCAGUUUGCUGCCCGCCCAGAACACCAGUCCUCAGACAGCACCUUCCUCGUAUUCAUGUCUUAUGGCACCACUGCUGGUAUUUGUGGAAUAAAACAUAAACAGCUAGAACCAGAUGUCCUGGCCAAUGAUACUAUCUUUAGAAUUUUCAAUAAUAGUAACUGUUCCAGAUUGAGACAUAAACCAAAGAUUAUCGUUAUCCAGGAAUGCCAAGAAGGGAUAAUUUCAGAACAAGGUGCAAUGGCAGCUUCUGCAGAAAGCUAUAACCAAUCUUCCAGCAAUGACCCAAAGGGCUUUGAGAAGGAUGCUGCUAGAAAAGAGCAUGUGGAGAAGGAUUUCAUUUGUUUUCACUCUGUAACUCCAAAUGACAUUUCCUUGGAAGAUAAUCAAGAAAGUUCCCUCUUCGUCACCCUACUCACUGAUUGCUUCCAACAAUAUUCCUGGUGCUGUCAUGUGGAAGAUCUUUUCAAGAAGGUCCAGAAAUCAUUUGCAACAUCACAAGUCCCUAUCCAGAUGCCCACCAUUGAAAGGCAAUCCAUGACAAGAUACUUUUACCUUUUCCCAGGAAUUUGAAACUAUGCAGUAAUACCAGCCAUUUUAAAACAAAGGUAAAUGGUUCCAAGGGAUUAGAAGCAAGACUUUCCUUCUCAAGAUUGAUAAAAGGAGUUCUGGUGAACACAGAGAAAAGUUGGUGGAGGAUAAACUACUCUGCUAGUUGGGAUAUUACAAUUUCUUGCAUGUGGGAUUUGAUGACAGUCUGAGUAACCUCAAACUUGUUUUAUUUUACAUGGGUCAUUACAUGCAUAGGUAAAGACAAGUUCAACAUUAACCCAAUUAGAGCAGACAUAUGAUUUUG